AUGGGUCGUCACAAGAAGGCUGAUCCAAACGCCGACCAAAGGUGUAUAAAGCAAGGACUGCCAUCAAUUAUCCGUGAACAAUAUCGGGAUGUAAUUGUCGCAAUCAUUUCGUACUUAUCGGUGAAGGCUACGAAGAUCGCAUGCCUUGCAUCGUUACUAUUUUUGAUGAAGGUCAAUGAAGCACUCGACGAUUUCAACUAUGAUUUUUUUGAAACCGAUGAACCAUCAACGAUCAUACACAACUGUUUUAAGGCCGUUCUUGUCGAUAACAUUGGUAACAUAUCGCUUAUGUUACCUGGUUUCCGCAACAUUGUCGACGCUGCACACAUUGACUGGCCCACAAACGGUGGGUUCGGGAACGGUUUUAAAUAUAUAUGGGAGCAGUACUACGACAAUGUCAAAACGAACCUGACAACGCAUUGCGAGUCUCGAUUGCGGAAGUUUUUUAAAAUGAGAGCAUUCGAACUCAACGACUACGCCAUCAAGUACAAUUAUUUCAACAAUUUGUACGGUAUGAUCGAAUUCGAAUUGCCAUACUACGACGAGGAAGAUAUAAAAAAUGCCAUCAAUUAUACUUAUCGUCGUCGAAACACCGCAAUUGGCGACGUUGAACGUGAGAUGCGAUUGGGUGAACUAUUGGAUGAAUUGCGUUGGUUGGGAGCACCGGACGAUUGCAAUAUCCGUGACUUUGUGAAAGAGGAUUGGUUCAAGUCGAUUCGCAUGUGGUCGGAAAUUCAGCGCGAUAUUCGGAACUUUCACUUUGCAUACGAAGAUCGUCGCGAUAAACCCCAAAUAAAAAACUUUGUCGUUGUGCCGAUGUGCACUUUUCAGCGUCGACACAUUCGAAUUGACACCGACGCAUUGUACGUUAUCCUAUCGAAUGCGAAAUUGGUGCCUCGAAAGUGCGGUAAACGGACACGUAAAGACGGAACAACAAAUUUCAAAAACAUCACGAGCAACGAAUUCCACACAAAUAAAAUCCUAAGUUGGAAUUUAUUCUUCGAUGUGGAGAAAAUUCUCAAACUUGUGCACAACAAAAAGGAAUUCGAUUCUCAAAUUUGUUCCGAUGGCGUAUCUGUAUCGUUGUUGUACAAAAAACCGAAAGUACCACCAGUCGAGACAACAGAUGACGAAAUCAAGGCAAUGUAUGACAGCAAUGAGUUGAAAUAUGCUGUUGGAUGUGAUCCGGGUAUGCGAACGUGGAACGCUUCCGUACGACGAGAUUUGCAUACCAAAGAAGAGGUGAAUUUGCGUAUAUCCAGCAAGCGAUAUCACUGGGAUGCGAAACAAGGCCGACGUAAUGCAAAAGCCGAACGAAUCACAAGAUUGUUUACUUUCGAAGAGCAAGCCGAUCGUAAUCGAAUUGCAGCUAUGAUUGGUGAAAUGCCAUCGCCAAAAGGACCAUCAUGGCGUUCGUACAUUGAACAUCGAUUACGUGUAAUGAAUGAUGGCAUUGAAACAUACUCAACCAAACAGUAUGCACGCUUGGGACUGGACAAGCAUAUCGAAUCGGUUCGUGCAAUCGACAAAACGGCAUGCAAAAUGGUUCACAAUCAACCAUCAAUUUUCUACAUGGGAGCCAGUGGAUCCACACCAGCCAACUCACCGAUCAAAAUCAAAAAACACGUGCGAUGCCCAGGCACUCGCAAACUGAUUGCAGCCAUCAUGAAACGUGGAAAUUGUAUCGUUUGGAUGGUCGAUGAAAAUGUGUGGGUUGUGUACCAAAUCCAAUUGUUGGACUACCACGAACCAUCGUAA